GAAAGUUAUGUAAAUGUUAAAAAAAUUAUAAAAAGGGAUAUAUUAUUUGGUCCUUUUAACAAAUGGAAUGAAAACAGAAUAAAAUAUUUUGUAAAACCACCAGUUAAUGAAGAUAAUGUUAAAAAAGCAAUUGAACAUAUUGAAAACAAUACUUGUAUAAAAUUUAUAAAAAUGGAAAACGAAUUUAAAAAUACUCAAGGUAUAAUUUUUAAAAAUGGUACAGUUUGUUCAUCUAUCAUUGGACCUGCAAAUAAAAACAGACAUCAGUUUAUUUCAUUAGCUCCAUUUUGCUAUUCAAAAGUUGGAUAUAUUUUACAUGAAAUUGGACAUGCAUUAGGAUUACCACAUGAACAAACACGAACUGAUAGAGAUGAUUAUGUAACAAUUGAUUUGAAUAAUAUAAUAAGACGUACUCAAGGCAAUUUUAAAAAAGUCGUACUUAGUCUUUAUAAAAAUUUUUCAACACAAUACGACUUUAGCGCUUUGAUGCAUUAUGCACCAAGGGAUUUUGCUAUAAAUACCAGAAUUCCAGUUAUAAAAUCUAAGUUACAAAAAGCACAUGAUAGGGCUAUGGGUAACAGAAAAAAAAUGACAUUUAAUGAAAUUAAGCAAUUAAAUUUUUGCCAUUGUAAAAAAUGUUUUUGCGUUACAAAAAAUGGUGCAAUAAGGAGAAAAAUAAAUACAGCAAGGUGUAUGAAUGGCGGUUAUGCAGAUUAUAAUGAUUGUAAAAAAUGCAUUUGUCCAACGGGAUAUACAGGAACGUUAUGCAAUGAAAUAGAAAAAGGUGACACAAGUUGUCCUGAUAAUAAAUAUAAAGUUAAAUCGAAAGAAGAAGUUAUAGUACUGUCAGGUAAAAAAAAUUGCUACAUUUUCUUAAAAGCAAAUCCAAGAAAAAAAAUUAAAUUACAAUUGAUUUCCAUUGUUAAAAAAAGAAGAAAUAUAUGUAAUGAUGAAACCUCUAGUGAAAUAAAAUAUUUUUUGGAUAAAGGUAGCACUGGAUUACUUUUAUGUGACAGUUAUUGGCUUUUAAAUAUUACAUCGCAAAGUAAUUCUGUACUUAUAGCGUAUAGAGGACAAACAGAAAAAGAGGCACUUUCAUUUUCAUUUAGUGAAACAACAAAGUAA